AUGCUCGGUACCAAACAACAUUUCACUUCGGUAGAACAGCCCCAAACGAACGGGCAAGCCGAAGCAGCCAACCGAGUCAUCCUCCAAGGAUUGAAACGAAGACUCGGCGAGGCUAAGAAAGCUUGGGUCGAGGAGCUACACAGUGUACUCUGGGCAUACAGGACGACGCCCCAUUCGAGCACCGGUGAAACCCCAUUUAGACUAACCUACGGCACCGAAGCCAUAAUCCCCGUGGAAAUCCGAGAGCCUUCUCGGCGGACCGAGUCACCUCUUGAGGAAGAACUCAACGACGAAGCUAUGAGGGAAGAACUCGACAUGGUCGAAGAGAUCCGAAGUGGGUCUUCCCUCCGAGAAGCCAGAUUAAAACAACAGAUAGCUCUGCACCACAGCGCCAAAGUUAUCAAACGCGAGUUCGAAGUCGGCGCCCUAGUGCUCCGCAGAAACAUGAAGGACUUGCGCGAGGGCAAUUUCGCCCCAAACUGGGAAGGCCCCUUAACACUCCCCGGCUACUCCCUCCGAGCACGGGAGGCCAACCUGGCACGGACUCGCGUCAAGGUACGAACACGAGCACUCCACGACAACAGCAGUCGGAACUCCCAUCCAAGGGAUAAGACCGGCUACACAGGGAAUCCUACACCUAGACCCCUGUGGUAG